GAGGAAAACUAUCUCAGCGCCGAACAGGCUGGUGAGAUGAAAUAAAAAGACAAGACUAUUGGAAGAAGCCCCCCAAAAAGACAGAAAUGGCAGUUUUUAUUCAUUGUUCCCAUUUCAGCUGCCGGCUCAGGGGGUUUAUCCAGGAGGAUUUUGCAGGCAUAAAACACACAUGGCCGCAGCAGGAUCAAACAUUGGCAAGGAAGCUUUGCAAAACUCUGCAAGAAGAGAGCGAAAGCGAAAAAGCCGGAGAAGAUCCAGAGAUCAGGAUCCAGAUGUUCGCCUGUCCAAAGCGCUCUCGUAUGCUUUGCGCCACGGGGCCGAAAAUCUGGGCCUCCGCAUGUCAUCUGAUGGCUUUGUCGACGUGGGGGAGAUUCUUCAUUUGCCCCAGUUUAAGGCCUGGUCUGAGGAGGACGUGAAACGUAUUGUGGAGACCAACGAAAAACAGCGAUUUGCUCUGUGCCAACAUCCGUCCAGCGGACACCUCCAGAUCCGUGCGAAUCAAGGGCACUCGCUACAGGUUCCCGGGCUGGAAUUAACUCCGCUGCAGACGCUACAGGACUUCCCAGAGACUGUGGCUCACGGCACACUUCUGUGCCACUGGCCAGCCAUUCGUCAGCGUGGCCUGUCGCGGAUGGGAAGAACGCACAUCCAUUUAGCCCCUGGAUUGCCAGGGGAGGGGGCUGUCCUGAGCGGAAUGAGACUCAGUUCUGAAGUGGCCAUAAUCAUUGAUGUUCCCAAGGCGCUGGCAGAUGGGAUCUCAUUCUUCCGCUCGGCUAACGGAGUCAUCCUGACCCCAGGCAAUGCAGACGGGCUGUUGCUUCCUCGCUACUUCAGCAGAGCACUGCAGCUUCAACCUCGACGAGGCCUCCUCCCUCUUGAGUGACCGUUCCUGACAUGGAUCUCUUCCCUUCCAUCGUUUCAUCCGAGAGACACGCGUUGAUCACACGUGUGCGUUUGAACACGUAACUAAACCAGGAACUUUCACUAUGGAAUUGUCUUUUUGACCUCCCCGUAGAAAAUAUAUCUCCAGUCCCAUUUGGGUAGUCCUCAACCUAGGACCGCAAGUCAGCCCAAAAUUCCUGCCACUAAGCGAGUUAAGUGAAGUGAGCUUUGUCCCGUUUUACGACCUUCCUUGCCACGGUUGUUCAGUGAGUCACCGCAGCUGUGAAGUUGGUAACACGGCUGUUAAGUGAAUCGGGCAUCCCGAUUGGCAUGUUAGAAGGUGAUGCCAUGGCCUUGGGACACAGCAACCGUCAUAAAUAGGAACCCGUGGCCAAGCAUCCAAAUUUUGAUCACGUGACCAUAGGGGUGCUGCAAUGG